CCCAUACAUACACCCCAGACUUCGGUUCUUUAGCGCAGGGACCGACCAAGCGUAAGCCACGCUCUCGCGCCAGCACUGGAUGAAACGGAGGUCCAGUCACCAGUGCAAUCCUCAACCCGCACUCCACAGUUCUCCAGAUCUCCACGUUUUCAUCCAAGCUAGUCACAGCCCGGAAGAAUGUGGGGAGACACUCGAGGCAAAAUUUUGGUUGCUGGGAGGUUGCAGCUAUCCUAGUUUUUUCCGCCUCUUGGGUGCAUGCCGUCCCCAGUCCUAGUCUACUUCUUGAAAGCAUGAAGCAUGGGGAUACCGGUAUGUGGGGAUCGAGCUACCCAAGAAUGCUCAGCGGAGAAGCUAUAUAAGUAAAUGGCUUCAUCUCCCGGUUCCUGCUGCUCAUCAAUUCUGUCAGCUUCCCCGGACCCGCAGUUUCAAAGGUUCAAGGGAAUUCACCUCGUCUCCGGAUCGACACUGCAGAAAGCCCUCGACAAUGGCUCUCCCACCUAAGUGGUACCAGUUCCUCAUCGGCCUUUUUGCGUCGAUAGGCUCCUUCAACUACGGUUACGAUCUGGGUAUUAUCGCCCAAGUUGUUGCCUCCGACUCUUUCGAUACCAAGUUCAAGCCCAAUGAAGACCAAACGGGUCUCGUCGUCUCCCUAUUCACUGCCGGUGCUUUCUUCGGUGCUUUCCUCGCUGGUUACUCCGGAGAUCUGAUCGGACGUCGUGCCACUAUCGGUGUUGCCUCUGCUGUCUUUGUGUUGGGCGGAUGUCUCCAGGCGGGAGGACAGAAUAUCGGAUACCUUCAAGCUGGACGAUUCAUUGGUGGUAUUGGAGUUGGUUGCAUGUGUAUGAUCGUUCCUCUGUACCAGGCUGAGCUUGCACAUCCGUCUAUCCGUGGACGUAUCACUGCUCUGCAGCAGUUUAUGCUGGGAGUGGGAGCUCUCUGCGCAUCUUGGAUCGGUUACGGCUGUUACACUGGAUUUGCCUCGGACGAUGACCGCCAAUGGCGUGUUCCCCUCGGUCUCCAGAACAUCCCAGCAGGAAUCCUCGGUCUUCUCAUCUUCAUGUUCCCCGAGUCUCCUCGAUGGCUUAUCGACAACGGCAAGACCGAGGAGGGUCUUCAGAUUCUUGCCAACCUGCACGCCCAUGGCAACAAGGACGAUCCUUGGGUGAAGGUUGAGUUCGAGCAGAUCCAGGAAGCUCUGACCCACGAGCACGACCACUCGGCCAAGACCUGGGGCGAGCUGUUCAAGAACAAGUCCAACUUCCGCCGCAUCUUCAUUUGCGUAGCUCUGCAGUGUGCCACCCAGAUGACCGGUGUAUCCGCAAUCCAAUACUAUUCGCCCACCAUCUUCGGUCAGAUCGGUCUCUCGACUGAGGAGACCCUCAAGUACCAGGCCAUCAACAGUAUUAUCGCCUUGGUCGGCCAGUUCCUGUGUAUGCUGUUCAUCGACCGCCUUGGACGUCGCUGGCCCCUGAUCAGUGCCAAUGUUUUCAACGCCUUCUGCUUCCUUGCCGGCAUGAUUCUCCUCCAGCAGUUCCCCCCCGGGAGUGUGAACUCUCCUCGCUCUGCACAGAUCGGAUUCAUCGCCACAACUUGGCUCUUCAAUUUCAGUUUCAGUGCUGCUUGCGGUCCUCUAUCCUGGAUUGUUCCUGCCGAAGUUUUCAACACCGCCACCCGAUCCCGCGGUGUAUCCCUCGCCACCAUGGCCUCGUUCGCCAUGAACACCAUGAUUGGCCAGGUCACCCCCAAGGCCAUGACGGACGUCGGCUGGAAGUUCUACAUCCUCUUUGUCGUCUGCAACUUCGCCAACGCCAUUUUCUUCUGGGCACUCCUCCCGGAGACCAGCAAGGUCCCUCUGGAGGCCAUGGACAACCUAUGGGAGAAUGCGCCCUGGUUCGUUCCGACCAUGCGUCGCAAGGACUACCUUGCGGAGCUCGAGCACGAGGUCGAAGAUGUCAACGAGAAGAACCAGGUUCUCGCCACCUCUGCCCAUAUUGGCGAGGUGAAGGACUGAGUGCGUGGAGGUUGUGGAGGUGUCAUGAAUUUACUUUUUCCUUUGAUAUUACUGUGUAUGGAGACUUAAUGUAUAUAUGGGGGUUGGGGCGGCAUGUCGGUAUGUAUGUCGGUAUGUAUGUAGCUAUGAGACUUGUAAUCGUCUUGUUGCUGGGAGCGAACAUAAUUUCAUGUAUACUCAUAUUACCUAUUUUACAU